UUCUGUGAUCAGACCACUGUCUGUCCCUCACACCUGUCCCUCUUAUCUGGUGCCCCCUGCCUGCACCGUAUCCAUGGAUACAGCUCUCAGAUGUUAAACAUAUAGCCCACAUGGCAUUUCUAGAAGCUCAGUAGUGCCCAUGAAGACUUAGUUGAAACAAUUGGUGUGGUCACCUCUGGUAAAUUAAGGCAUGACAUACUGCAGUGUGAUAACAGUAAAAAUAGAAUCUAGAUUUUAUUUAUAUGGUGAAAUAAUCUAUUAAUGUGGUGACCAAUCACAAACAUUUGUAGGUCUACCUGAAAAAGCGAAUGCCUUUAGCCUGUGAUUGUGAUGUUUGCAUAUCUUUUUCUAAAAUGAAAACCUGUCAGCCUCAUCAGAAACAUGACUGCUUGCACAGAGAUAUUAGACCUGUCUUAUAUUGCCACUAAGCAACUCAUUCACACCACACACACACACACACACACACACACGCACACACACAAACACACACAUGGAUAAUAUCGCCGUGUGCAAUUCCUCUCUCUUCUCUCCCUCUCUCCGUCACUUAUUGCGUCUAUCCCAUACAACCCUCGUGUUAAUGAUAGCCGGUUGCUUCUAGUUUGUUGUUGGUAGAGCAACUCAAUUUAGCUGUCCCCCAAGCUUCCCUCUGGGUCACGGGAUUCCUCGCUGAAAUAGCAGAAGUUUUGAGUUGACGGAUUUCAGCAAUCCCAAAGACGGUCUUCGCCGCUCCUCACCACGAGCGCGCUGGACCAGCAAGACGCACAGGAAAGGAGUCUGGCGUGAGUGUCAGUUCAGUGGGCAUGUACUGCAACCGCGAACCUCAGAUCUGCGAUUAAGAAUAUUAAUAGAAAAAGAAAACUUGAAGAAAGAGAAAAGAAGUCAUGCUUACUCGAUAAUUAUGUAGCUUAUUUGGCCGUUUAAAUGUUGAACGCUUGUAACUACGUACGAAAAGUAAUUUCAACAAAUUUUCAGGAAAGAGGCUACUUUAUGAUGACAUUUGUACAAAUUACCGAUAGGUUGCAAACUUACAAUUUCCUCUGACAAAGUAUCUUGUAAUGAUAGCAUUCGGUGGCAGGGACCUCAAAUUCAAGGUUUAACGGUCUUUGGGAUUAUCGCGUUGACAAAUCCGGUUAUUCAACCUGCGGGUAAUUUCGCAUUUGAGUUUCCACAAUGUUUAAAUACUACGUUUUUGCGUACCGCACUUGUCAAAAUGCAAUGAGCAUUUUCUUUUGUGGACGUGACUUGAUUUACAGAUAACUUGUUUAAAAAACGAAUUUCAGCCCAGACCCUGAUAUUGGAAUAAUUUUAUUUUGUGACCGUUUUCCUGGAAUUAGUCAUUUUAGUUUUUAAUUGUCUUAAUUUGCCUAUCCAACGGGGGCAAUUUGAUCAAGCCUUUGUUUUCAGUUGGCUAACAAUCACCAACGUAGAUAUGGACUCACUGUUUAACAAGUAAUUGAAACAGUAUUCCGUUGUAUUUGAUACUUAUAGCAGUUUAUAACCAUGUUAGGGAGCCCGUCAAAUAAUGGGGGCAUUAGAAUGUUGGUGCCCCCUGCACACAAUGACGACAGGCGGGUUGAAUUUGUGGCUCUUACCGCGGUUCAUACUGAGAGGAGCGAACCAUCGACCCCGGAGCGCGUGCACCCUUCUCAUCGCACCGGGUUACUCGGUACUCCGUUGCCCGGACGUCCUGGACCCAGGGCGACCACCUCAGCCUCCAGCAAGCGCUACAGAAAGUUUCAGAACUUCUUGUACAACGUAUUGGAGAGACCACGUGGAUGGGCAUUCAUCUAUCAUGCGUUCAUUUUUAUGCUGGUGUUUAGCUGUCUGGUGCUGUCUGUGUUCUCCACCAUUCCAGACCAUCAAAAGAUAGCCAACGAAGGCCUCUUCAUUCUGGAGUUUGUGAUGAUCGUGGUGUUUGGUCUGGAGUACUUUGUGAGGAUAUGGGCGUCUGGCUGCUGCUGUCGCUACAGAGGAUGGCAGGGGAGGCUACGCUUUGCCAGGAAACCUUUCUGCGUCAUAGACUUCAUAGUGUUUGUGGCGUCGGUGGCGGUGAUUGCAGCAGGCACCCAGGGGAACAUCUUUGCCACGUCAGCCCUGCGCAGCAUGAGGUUUCUCCAGAUCCUCCGGAUGGUACGAAUGGACAGACGAGGAGGCACCUGGAAGCUCCUGGGCUCUGUGGUUUAUGCCCAUAGCAAGGAGCUCAUCACAGCUUGGUACAUUGGUUUCCUAGUCCUGAUCUUUGCUUCCUUCCUGGUCUACCUGGCAGAGAAGGAUGUUAACACGGAGUUCCACACCUAUGCAGACUCCCUCUGGUGGGGGACGAUCACUCUAACCACCAUUGGCUACGGUGACAAGACACCCCGCACCUGGUUGGGACGGCUCCUGGCUGCAGGCUUUGCUCUCCUGGGCGUGUCCUUCUUCGCCCUUCCUGCCGGUAUCCUGGGGUCAGGCUUUGCCCUGAAGGUGCAGGAACAGCACAGACAGAAGCACUUUGAGAAGCGGAGGACUCCUGCAGCCAACCUCAUACAGGCUGCCUGGCGUCUGUACUCCACUGAUGGUCAGCACUCUUACCUGACCGCCACAUGGUACUUCUACGACAGCAUGCUCCCGUCCUUCAGAGAACUGACGCUACUAUUCAGUCACCUUCAGCGACGGCGUAGCGCCAAGAAGGUUCUUCACAACUCUCACCACACCCUGCUGUCCGGGCUGCGGCCCUACAGCUCCCCCUACCUUUCAGGGGACAGUAGCAGCAAAAUUGGUUUCCGAGACCGGAUGCGGAUGAACAACUCCCGUUCGUCCCAGGCGAUCAGAAACAAGGCCUCCCCGCUGCCCCCUGGGGUGAGUGUCCGCCAUUCCCCCAGCACGGAGAACGUCCCCGAUGCCACCAGCCCCGGGAAGGUGCAGAAGAGCUGGAGCUUCAAUGACCGCACCCGUUUCCGAACAUCUCUACGACUGAAACCCAGACCGCCUGCAGACGUGGAAGGAGUAGGGGAGGACAGCGUUGAAGACAAGCCGUAUUGUGAUGUGGCCAUGGAGGAAGUGAUCCCAGCAGUGAAAACCUUGAUACGGGCUGUCAGAGCACCGGAACAAGGGUGUCGAUUAGAGAUAUGUAUACAGAUCCUGAAGUUUCUGGUGGCCAAGAGGAAGUUUAAGGAGACAUUGCGUCCGUAUGAUGUGAAGGAUGUCAUAGAGCAAUACUCCGCUGGACACCUGGACAUGCUGGGCAGAAUCAAGAGUCUACAAACCAGGGUGGAUCAGAUAGUGGGCCGUGGUUCGUCCUACCAGCCGGACAACAAGAAGGUGAGGAGUGAGAAGGGAGAGAAGACCCCUCCAGAACUGGACCUCAUGGACGAGCUCAGCAUGAUGGGACGAGUCAUUAAAGUGGAGAAACAGGUACAGUCUAUAGAGAACAAGCUGGACCUCCUUCUUAACUUCUACAGCCAGUGUCUGAAGAAGGGCUCCUCCAACUUCACCCUGUCAUCCCUGUUGGAACCAGACCUGACAUCAGACUACCACAGCCCUACAGACCACCACGACCGCUUUCCCUCCGCCAACACACUCAACAUCUCCCGGUCAGAGUCCAGCAACAUGGACUGACUGGUACUGUACUCGAAGACUGGGUCUAGGGCCUGCUACAAGACCCUCACCUAAAUGUAUUUAAGCCCUGAGAUUUCAUGUCAACAUACUGUACUGUAGCAGCACCCAAAACAGUAACCCCCUUUAACUUUCAGUGUUGUAACUCUCAACCUUCUCAUUAAGUCCUGAACCACUUGGAUCCCUGAUGUUGGAAGUCUGACUUCUCCCCUUUAGAUUCACCUGCCUGGACCUUUAUGGAUUCAUACUCCACACGUAGGACCAACACUUAUUUAGACCGAUCCUCCUCCUUAGAAUCCUUCUUCCCUCCAUGUUUUUAACGUUCUCUUUGAGCGGACACUUCAUCCUUGUAGGCUCUUUAUUAACCAAACGGCCCCAGGCAACCCUCACCAUUCCUCACACUACAUCCUCUCACCUGUUCUCGCCCGGAACCUCCCCCUUCCUCGUCAUCUCGCCAUGAUAGCCCCUAACCCUUACCCUAAAAACAGGACCUUGGAGAGAACAUUGCCAGUGAAACUGUGGACCUCUGCAUCUUGCACUGAACAUACAGACACCGACCACCAGAGGGUGCUGCCUGAGCAGAGAACUGACCAAAGCCCCUCUGUACACUACUCAGUCUCAUUCCCUCAGGGGAAAGAAGAGCAGCAGGAAAAGAAGGACGAACUACUUGACUACGAAAUCCAACCAGUAUCACUUACCAAUUAUGUUGUACAAACUGUAUCCAUCAAUGCCUUUUCCUAAAGCUGUAGAUUCAACUUUGAGCAAAGUCGGGGUUUUGUAAUUUUUUUACAGGAUUUUUUGGUUUCUCAUAUCAGUUCAGUGUUAUUCCUUUCCUUGUUUCUUCCUUGGUAAUAGAUAUACUUCCAAAUUAAUGAGUGAAGAAAUGCUGAAGCCCUCCUACAGGCUGGACUAAUGCUAUGAUUUGGGGAUAUCUGCUCUCUUGUAGGUCAGACACUGUUGCUACGGGAGAUGGACUGUCUUUAACCUCUGAUCAAUGUACUGCAGAUGCCCAUUGCCAGACCCUCCUCACCUUCUCUUGUCCCCACCACUCUGAUCCCAGCUCAUCUCUCUUGUCCCCACCACUCUGAUCCUAGCUCAUCUCUCUUGUCCCCACCACUCUGAUCCCAGCUCAUCUCUCUUGUCCCCACCACUCUGAUCCCAGCUCAUCUCUCUUGUCCCCACCACUCUGAUCCCAGCUCAUCUCUCUUGUCCCCACCACUCUGAUCCCAGCUCAACUCUCUUGUCCCCACUACUCUGAUCCCAGCUCAUCUCUCUUGUCCCCACCACUCUGAUCCCAGCUCAACUCUCUUGUCCCCAACACACUGAUCCCAGCUGAACUCUCUUGUCCCCACUACACUGAUCCCAGCUCAACUCUCUUGUCCCCACUACGCUCUUGGGCUACCCACACUGGAAAAAAUACCCAAAAUGGAUGGGUCAACAUGGAUAGAAUAACUCCCAGCUAUUUCUGUCAAAACGUUAUCCUUCUCACCUUGCCCUUUUGUCCAGUUUGUUACAUGGUGGUUGUUCCACCCUUGUCACCAUGAGCAGUAUCGUGUUGUGAAAAGAGGACUCAUUCAUACCAUCCCUUAUUGAAGUGCAUCCAAGAUGCUCCAUUACAGUCACCAACUUAUGAUCCUUUCUCCAAUUAGCCCACUUUUUAAUGAAAAAGUUCCUCCUUUUAUACAGCCAAUAUGUUAUCGUGUAACAGUUUGAAACAGACUGACGGGAAGGAAUCGCUCUUUAUUUUCAGAAUCUGAUUCAUGAAAUGGACACUCUGUCCAUGUCCCCACACAGGGUCCAGUUAAGAUGGAUAUAGGAUGUUUUCCAUGUGCUGAAUCCUUCAUAGAAAAUCCUUGCCUUGCAGCCCAUCGGUCAGUCAUGCAUGUUCCAGGCUCAGAUCUCACCAUAGGGUAAGACAACACUGAUCCGUAGACACUCUUUUCUCACUCCUCCUCCAUUUUCACAGGGUCCCACUCCUGUGUUUUGUGGCGACUGGUUUAGGCGGGCCAAUCAGUUCGUGUCUAUGACAAGAUUGUACUGCAUUCCGGCAACGACUAUCCCCCUUUCUCAGACUACAUUCCAGCAUGGAUACUCAGUAGCUACUACUUAGAAUGCAUGGGCCAUUGUCGGAAAACAGCCUUAGUUUCUGCCAUUGGUGGUUAAGAGAGAACUGUUGUCUUGUUGAUUCCCUCGACACAUGCACUUAGUAUUUACAGCCAGUGAACAGGGAGAAAGCACCUUACCUGUGCUGUGGCCAGUUGUCUGAAUGCUGACUGGUGGCGUGAGGUGGUGUCGGAUAGGAUAAUGCCUGGGAGACAUCCAUCCAUGUCAUAAGCAUGAUCUCCGGUAAUGCAGUGUCUCCUAUCUACGCAUGUGUCUUAGAAAACAGUUCUGACCUUAUAAAUACUUCUUUACUGCCUCUAUCUCAAGGAGCACUCAAAGCAGAGGCCUUUCUCGCUUUACCUAGAAUAGCUAUUACACUCGAGCCAUUAUGUGGUACAGUCAGGUGGAAAUUGAUUAGCACCGUAAAGGUGAAGAUAAAGAUGAGCAAAAAAGUUGUGUAAAACACACAACCCAGGUGAGGAGCAAUGUUAUAAUUUGGUUGUUUAUGACGAUAAACAAUGGUUCACUCAUAGAUAUAUGCUUUGUAAAGCUUUUCUGAUGGACAGAACUGGAGAACACGCACCUCAAAGUUAUUUUUCCCACUGUAGCUAACAUUAUGGCACCUACAGAGAUCCGUGGCAUACUUUUAAUCAAACACGUUUAAUAUCUAUUUUUGUGUUUUUGUGUCAGUUUGUUUAAAAUAAUAUGUCGCUU